UGACUUUUUACCAGAGCACAGCGUCCGGAUCACGAUCAGGAAUUUUGGAAAGCAUUUCAACACAAAAGUUCCGUCAAAAUGGCUAAAAAGGGAGGAAAGAAGGCUGAGAAGAUGUCGCUCACCGACUUCUUGAUGAACAAAGACUACGGUGGUUCUUGGGCUGACGAUGUUGCCGACCUUCCUAGUGCUCCAGCGGCAGUGGCAGAGCCUUAUGGGUCUGAUUCUAGAGGAUAUGCUGCGUACGAUGCUGCGACAGGUCGAGGAGAGCGUGACUCUCGUCCCCAAGCCCCUCUUCCGGAUAACCCGCCAUACACCUGCUUUUUGGGAAAUUUGGCCUACGACGUUUCGGAGCGGGACAUAGCUACGCUGUUCGGUGAUCUGAAGGUCAAGAACAUUCGUAUUGUGAUGGAGCCCACCGGUAAGCCAAAGGGCUUUGGCUACGCUGAAUUUUUCGAUCGGGAAUCUCUUGCGGAGGCACUCAAAUUUAGCGGAGAGAGUGUGAUGAGACGCAGCAUUCGUAUUGACGUUGCCCAGCCACCCGCGGAUUCUCGUCGAGGCCCAUCGGAUCAAGAUAGGCCAGACAGGAGUGGCGAGCUCGAAGGUGCAUGGAGAAGAGCUGAACCCCUUCCACCUUCGGCCCCUCUGCGCAGGGACAGCUCCAGGGAUUCACGAGGUGAGGAGCGCCGUGGAUUUGGAGGCGGUUUCCGUCGGGAAGAUCGAUUUGGAGGUCGCGAUGACGGUUUCCGCGGAAACGGACGAUACGGUGAUGACCGCCGUGGCCGCGGCUUUGGUGGUGACCGCGACCGGUAUGACCGUUCAACAUCCCGUUCUGACGCUCCCAUGGCCCGCAAAAAAUUGGAACUUGUUCCCCGCACACGCCCCAUCACCUCCCCCGAACCCGCCGAAAAUGCUAAACCCUCCGCUCAAAGUCCUGAAGGUAAGGUAGCGGCCGAACCGAAAAAGCCGAAGUCGAACCCUUUCGGCGCUGCAAAACCUCGUGAUGAGCAGGAAAUAAUGAAGCAAAUCGAGGAACGCCGGCAGCAGCGAGAAGCCGAAAAGCGUGCUGCUGAGGAGGCUGAAAAGAAAAAGGCAGAAGAAGAGAGAAAGAAACAAGAGGAGGAGAAAAAGAAACAGGAAGAGGAACAGAAAGAGCGUGAGAGGAAAGCAAAAGAGGAACAGGAGCAACAAAAACGGGAAGCGGCUGAGAAAGUGGAUAAGGCGGGAGUUGCCAAAGCAAGAAAACAAGAUGAUGCACAAAGACCUCGCGACAAUGGUCGGCCAGAGCGUCGUCCCUCAGAGGGUGUGGAAUCUCGUGCGGACGCAGCAUCUUCUUGGAGACGCGAUGCGCCACUGAAGCCCGCUGGCCGGGGAGAACCUCGUACGGGAGGUCGCCGGGAUGGAGAAAGGGGCCGCGGAGGGCGCGGAGGAUUCGGGGCCCGGCGAGACAGCCGUGAUGACAACAAACCCAGCACUGGGCGCGGUGAAAGCCGACCUCAGACUGCGAAGGCACCGAAAGGCCCAAAACCAUUGCCUACUCAAGAGAAGGAGCAAGCACAUGUCGAAAGCAAAAAUGUCUUUGACCUGUUGGGCGAGGACGAAUGAAUGGACCAAAGCAUUUGAGUGUAUGCUAGUAGCACACCAUAUCAUAGAUGUAUCUACCAUCAGUUCUCAGUAUAUUCGUUUAGUCGUUAUGCGUAAUUAUAGCAUGGGAGAGGAGUGUAACUUUGUAAGGGUCGCCGUAGCGACGUGAAUAGCAUUAUUAACCAGUCUUCAAACAAUACUCCACUCAAAAUAAAAACUACUGCAAAUCCCGC